AUGGCCGUCCUCAUCGAUCUGCACUCGCCUGCGUCGGCGUCACUGUUCGUCGGCUGCAUGGAGAUUAUCACCGGGCUGCUGAGCCUGUUCUUCUUUUAUGAGUGGUACCACCCGGACCGGGCCCAGCGCGAGGCGUUCAAGGAGAUGAUCGUCGACCAGUGCAAGUGCCAUCUCGUUGAAGAUAAUGCCGAUACCCCGGCCGACAAGCAGACCAAGUCGUGCGGCUCGAAGUCGUGCACCUCGCCGCAGACUGGGAGCAGCAGCUUUUCAGCGGCCGGCGUCUCGGAUGGAACAUCUACCGCUCAGAAUGCCGCUUCUACCAUGACCGCCACGGCCGGCACGACGAGCGCCACCAGUGCAAAAACGGCCCUCUCCAAGCACUCGAGAUCCCGAGACGCCGUCAAGUUUGAGGUGAUCCGCGGCGAAGACCUGCCAAAACGUACCGAUUCGGAGAUCAAGCGCUUUGGCGCCGAGCGCGACAAGUUUGAGGCCGGCGUGGUGGAUACGAUGCUGAAGCACUACUCGAAGCAGGGCACUGAAGGUGCUCAGAGCGAGACUGGAGCGACCCAGCCGACGCAGGGCAGCAACUCGAGCGACAAGGAGAAGAAGAUA